CAGGUGGGAUUUGAGAAAAACAGCCAGUGAAAUAAAGUUUGGAGAAUCUUAACGGUUUACAGAGUCAAACUCAGUAUGGCAGAUGAUGAUACGUUGAGAAAAGGGGUUCGGAUGAACUUGUCGGCAUGGAUAGAUAAACUAAGAUGUGGCGGUGAUAUAGAGAGACAACAAUUCUUCAAAAAGAAAUUUAUAGAGAGGCUCCGAACGUCUCCCGUUGCUAUAGAAACAGACAAAGCCAAUGAACAACAUUAUGAAGUUCCAACAGAGUUCUUCAAAACGGUGCUUGGACCUCGAUUAAAGUACAGCGGUUGUAUUUGGAAUGAUGGUGUUCAUGAUCUAGCAGAGGCUGAAGAGGUUUCAUUAAAGUUGUAUUGUGAGCGGUCAAAAGUCGAAGAUGGACACAGCAUACUGGAUUUGGGUUGUGGAUGGGGAUCAUUUGGCCUUUACGUCUUGCAGCACUAUCCUCGAUGUCACGUGACAUGUGUAUCAAAUUCGAAUACGCAGAGACAGUUUAUAGAAAAUCAGGGGCUCACGAUGGGGGUAUCAGACAGACUCCAGUGUAUUACAGCGGACGCCAACGACUUCUCAACACAGAAGCGGUUCGACAGGAUUGUCUCCAUAGAAAUGUUUGAGCACAUGAAGAACUACUCCGUCCUGUUUCAGCGUGUGUCCUCCUGGCUUAAGCCCUCGGGGAGGUUAUUUAUCCAGGUCCUCUGUCACCGCUACUUCCCCUACUCCUUUGACACCAAGCCUGGCUCUGACACAGAGUGGAUGGCCAAGAACUUCUUUACCGGAGGGACAAUGCCUUCUGUUGACCUUUUCCACUACUUCCAGAGAGAUGUUUACCUAGAGGAUGAGUGGUUAAUCAAUGGUUGUAAUUAUAGUAAAACCCUAGAGGCCUGGUUAGCCACCAUGGACAGACAGAUGGACAAAGUGAAGCGAAUUUUCACACAGACAUACGGACAGGAGGCGGACAAACAGAUAUUUAACUGGAGAUUGUUCUUUAUCUUCUGUUCUGAGGUGUUUGGUUAUGAUGGCGGGAACGAAUGGCAUAUAGCACAGUAUUUAUUCAAGAAACAACUGAACAGUUCUCUAUAAACAGAUAUUUAGUGAGAGAUAUGUUAGAUUU